CAAGAAGAUUCAACUUCUGAUCUUUUCCAGUCUUUUCCCAUUUUCAUUAAUUGUCUUACCUUUGCUUUUGUAGUGAGCAAUUUUACUGAUCAGUCAAUUUUAACCGCAAUCAUGAGUCAGGCAGAGAUAGCUAAGAGCAAAACGUCGAUGAUGGGUGUGAAGAGCCAGCCCAGUGUGAAAUCCGUAACGACUUUUGAUCAAAAGUCCAUGAGCAGGCUCAAAGUGAGACGGGCUUCCUUUGGGUACAGCGGUGUUCCUGGUAUCAGACCGGUGGAGAGAACUUCUCAACUUGGAAUAGAAUUCAAGCGUCCGCCAAUGCUCUUUCUUAACACUUUUCAAUUGGAGCCAAAGCCGAAAUUUCACAUAGCCCAAGUAAAGGCGGUAGUUGAAGAAAUGCUGGACAGUAAUUUUACUGGACACAAAUACAAUGUGCAGGAGUCUACUGGCUUGACCAUUCGUCUUACGAAUGAGCUCAUGAGGAAAAUCAAGACGAUGGGGUUCAACAGGCAUCGCAUCAUCACCAUCGUCACCAUUGGCCAGAAGAGGGCCCAAAGUUAUAAUAACGCCCUUGCUUUUGUAUGGGACCAUGAGAGGGAUUCGUAUGUCAAUACGCAGCGGGAAGUCAGCAGUGCUUUCAUACAAGUAACGGUUCUAGCAGUUUAUCUGGACUAA